UGCGCGCCGAACCCGGCCAGGGCGUCUGCGUGCUCUGCCGGGCGCUCAUCAGUCAGACGGAGGAGACGGGCCCGGUGCGCCAGUCGGCGGUCGCCCACCUACGGAACAUCGUGGCGGUCAGAGACGGCGAGGAGCCGCCCGGCGAGCCGGAGCUCGGCGAGGCGAGGCCGGCCGGCAGGCGCCCCCUCGAUGGCGACGGCAGAGUCUCCUCCGCCAAGCGCCGCCUUAAACGGCCGCGAGGGGGUCGGGCCAGUCCGAAGAAAAGGGCGAGAGUGUCGGCAGAGGGCGGAGAGAAGGAGGUAGGCGACAGCCAGCCAGGCAAGGAGGACGGGAUGCGCGCUGAUGAGGCUGUGGCCGAUCCUGGUCGUAGUCAUGAUCAUGAUCAUGAUCAUGAGACGUCGGACCAUGAGGUGUCUGGAGAAAUCGAGAAAGCAUUAGCAAAGGAGCCGACCUUCCGGCUGGCAGAGAAAAUCGCUGCAAGGAAAGGAAAGAACGCGACACAAGCCGAGAAGUCUGGGAGAAAGGGGGAAAAUGGACGGCACGAAGAGGAAAAUGGUGCUUCGGCAAAGAUUGAGCUCUCGCCAACGGAGGACGUCGAUUCACUGGACGCGGAUCACGAGCUGACCUUGGACGAAGGACAAGAGCCCCCUGCGAAGAUGGAGGAAGAAGCGGAAGUGAGGAGGACGUCCAGUGGGCGGCGCUCGCGGGCGCCGCGUGCCUGGUCCCCCGACGAAAUCCUGAAAACGCGAGAGAAGCGGCCGAUGAGUGGAGCCGAGAAGCGCCGCGCGAGGAAGGCGCGCGCGGAGGCGGGGCUUCGGCGGGAGAUGGCCGACGGCCGCGGCAAGGCCAGGAUGAUCAGGAGCGGGGGGACGGCGGCGCGCGGCCCGAAGAAGGGCACGGCGAGCGUGCCAGGACGGCCGGGCAAGGCGCCGGUGCUGUCUGGUGAGGGUCAGCCGUCGGGUGCCGCGUCGGGGGCGAGCGAGGCGGAGCAGGACUCGGCGCGGAAGGCGGCCGGGGAGGUGGCCGGGGCGGAGCAGGAGAUGUCGACGGAGGGGAAGACCAAGCAGGCGGCCGAGGAUUUGGAAACAGGGACGGCGAAGAAGGUGCAAGCUGGAGAAGAGAACGCGACGCUUGACGAGGAACGAAAGAUGGAAGCCACCCUGGUCGAAAUAGAGACGAAGCAGGGUGGUGACGAAAAGACGGCCACAAAGCGAAAGGAAAGCAUGAUCGCGAAGAAAGCGGAGAGGGAGGCGAGCAAGACCGAAGAUAUGGAGGCAAGGACAACGGCGAAGGCGAGACACAAGCGGGCACCGAAGCAGCCAGUGCAGAGAGGACGAGCUCGACUUCAGCGGAGCGGCCUCGCCGGGAAGCGGAGCGCCGCCACCUCAGGGACGCGUCGGACCCUCCGGCGGACCAAGUGACGGACGGCUUCGAUUGGUGCGGCCCGCCGCGCGAGGAGUGCCUUCGCCAGAUUGUUUAAUUGUUUGCUUCUUUGUACAAAACCCGGCUCGCGUGUGGAGUUUGGACGGCGCUGCUAACAGGGCGAGAGUUAUUCUGCAGGUGCCGUGCUGUCGGAUUGGAAUGUCUCUGUUUGCGUGUUUGUACAAAGACCAACAUCUAUGCCCGCUCAUUCUGGCCAGCUCUAUGCUCGCUCAUUCAGACCAGCAUCUAGGCCCGCUCAUUCUGGCCAGCUCUAUGCUCGCUCAUUCAGACCAGCAUCUACGCCCCCUCAUUCUGGCCAGCUCCAUGCUCACUCAUUGAGACUAGCUCUAUGCUCGCUCUUUCAGAUCAGCUCUAUCCUCGCUCAUUCUGGCCAGCUCUAUCCUCGCUCAUUAAGGCCGGCUCUAUGCUCGCGUGCCGUUUGGUUUGCACUGUGCAAGCAUCGUGCCUAUUCAAGCGGGGACCCCGUCAGUGCCAAGCCAAGCGAAGUGAACGGUGUGAAGAUCCUGUUCACCCUCCCUUGAGCCUUGCUUUUAUCAUGUUCAGCUUGAUUUCAUUCGAGUCACGGCCGCUUUCAAGUCAGCGUGCGCCGCGUGAGCGCGCGCCACAGCCAUCCCAGUUUCACCAAGCAGCGCCGACGCCUGGCCACUCGGGGCAGCAUGGAAGCCGUCUGUAUUGUUAAGUCGUGUUGUAAGAGGGUUGAAGGGCACCUCCUUCGACGUCGAUGUAGGCCGAGUUGUCCCGUGAUGUGUAAUGCGCGCAUGCCAAUGUUGUCGCUCGUUAUGUAAAAGACUGCCAACUGAGUUUG